UUUUUUUUCGACUUCAAAAAUAAAUUUCAGACUCCAAAAAAAUUUUUCAAGAAAAUGACUUUUUAUAACAACAACAACACUAAUAAUUUUGAAAUUUGGAAAAAUUCAGAAAAAUAUGGAGGGUCCAAAAUCUAUUUCAUUCCCUACAAAUAUGAAGAACUUUGGUCUAUUGAAGAGAAACUUUGGAAUGCUGAAUUUACCCAUGGAAUGUUUACAAAACACUGGCAUGUUUCGAUAUAUAUUGUUAUGGCUUAUAUUGCUGGUGUUUAUUCACUCAAAAAAUGGAUGGAAGACAGAAAAGCCUUCGACCUUCGCCUUCCUCUGUUUUUCUGGAACGUUGGAUUAUCUAUAUUUUCAACUUGCGGUGCCUGGCGUUUUGGACACGAAUUUUUCUAUGUUUUGUUAAAUAGAGGAUUUCAAGAUUCAAUUUGCCUUUCAUUCUCUCCAGCAGAGCCUGUCGCUUUUUGGGCAAUGUGUUUUGCCCUCUCAAAAAUUGCUGAAUUUGGGGACACCGUUUUUCUGCUUCUGCGAAAGAGACCCCUAAUAUUUCUUCAUUGGUUCCAUCAUGCUGUUGUGCUUAUUUAUAGCUGGCAUUCAGCAACGGAAUUAACAGCCGCUGGGCGCUGGUUCAUUCAAUUAAAUUAUAUGGUCCACUCAGUUAUGUAUGCCUACUAUGCAGCUGCCUGUAUUGGGAUAAGGGCUCCUAAAUGGAUCUCAAUGAGUAUGCUCAUCGGAGUUUUCAUUUCCCUCUAUGUAGCCUAUCUAAAAGGAACUCAAGACAUCAAUUUUGUCUGUCAACAAUCAGUCCAAAAUAUGUGUAUUUGCUUCACAAUAUAUUCUGCUUUUGCUGUACUUUUUACACGCUUUUUCGUUAAAGCUUAUAUCCAAAAAGGAGAAAGGCGAAAGAUUACACAUUCAAAUAAUUCUGUGAAACAAGAAUAA